AUGACCGAAGAUAAGGAAAAGUCGUCUGUCGAAGGCCACCGCGUCUCUACCCAUGAAGAGGGCGUCAACCUUCCCCCUGAUCCGGAUGCUCACCGGACCGAUGAAGAGAAGGCAGAGAUUGACCGCAAACUCGUUCGACGUCUCGAUUUCAUGCUCAUCCCAUGGCUAUGCCUACUCUAUCUUCUCGCCUUCUUGGAUCGCACAAACAUCGGCAAUGCUAAGAUCGCCGGUGUUCAAAAGGAUCUGGGCUUGACCGAUGGCCAAUACAGCGCUUCUCUCAGCAUUUUCUUUGUUUCGUAUGCCGUGUUUGAGCCGAUUACGAAUAUUAUGCUGAAGAAGUUCCGUCCUUCUGUCUUCAUUCCCAUUAUCAUGGUUCUUUGGGGUGCUAGCAUGCUGGGCAUGGGUUUCUGUUACAACUGGUCUGGUUUGAUGGCAGCCAGAUGGUUUCUCGGCCUCGCCGAGGCCGGUCUGUUCCCGGGCAUCAACUACUACCUGUCGUGCUGGUACAAGCGGUCCGAGUUCGGCCUCCGCGCUGCCAUCUUCUUCUCGGCCGCGGCGCUCUCGGGCUCCUUCGGCGGCUUGCUCGCCGCGGCCAUCGAGAACAUGGACGGCGUCGGCGGCCGGAAAGGCUGGGCCUGGAUCUUCAUCCUCGAAGGGCUCAUCACCGUCAUCUUCGGCUUCAUCUCCUUCUGGAUGGUGCACGACUUCCCCGACGAGGCCAAAUUCCUGUCCGAAGACGACCGCGCCCGCGUCGUCCGCCGCCUCAAGCUCGACCAGCAGGCCUCGGCCGAGCACGAGACCUUCCAGAUGACGUACCUUUACCAGUCCCUGCGCGACUGGAAGAUGUGGCUGGGCAUGGUCAUCUACAUGGGCUGCGACAUGCCGCUGUACGCCUUCUCGCUGUUUCUCCCAGCCAUCAUUAAGGGUCUCGGCUGGAACACGUCGACGGUCCGGUCGCAGCUCAUGUCGGUGCCGCCCUACGCCGUCGCCGCCGUUUUUACCGUGGUCAUCGGCUACGUCGCCGACCGCACCCGCCAGCGCGGGCUCUGCAACAUCGUCGUCUCCGUCAUCGGCGUCGCCGGCUUCGCUAUGCUUUUGGCCUCCGACUCCCCCGCCGUGCAGUACGCCGGCGUCUUCCUCGGUGCCUUGGGUAUCUACCCCUGCAUCUCCAACACGGUUACUUGGAUGGCGAAUAACAUCGAGGGCGUGUACAAGCGCGGCGUCGUGCUGGGCUUCGUCAUCGGCUGGGGUAACUUGUCCGGAGUCAUCAGCAGCAAUAUCUACGCCAACCACAAGACGGGACACGGUAUUGUUAUGGGGUUCCUGGCCGUCUUUCUUUUUGGCGGGUCCAUUCUUAUGACGACGCUCCUGAGGGCGGAGAAUGGAAAGAGGUUGAGGGGCGAGAGGGAUCAUCUUGUUGAGGGACUGGAUGAGAAGCAGAUUGAUAAGUUGGGGGAUAUGAGGCCUGAUUUUUAUUAUACUACUUGA